GCAAACACGCUCCUGAAGCUGCAGAAGAAGAGGAGUGAGAUCGAUGCGAGUGAGUGUGUGCGCACAAAGCUGUCAGCUGUCAGCACCUGGAGCCUCGACACCGACAGAGAGCCCGUGCCUCUUCUUCUUGUUCUUCUUCUUCUUCAUCUUCUUCUCAGGAACUGAGAGUCACCGGGAGCGCUCACUUUGGGUGUCACUGAUUUAGCCGGGACACUUGAGAGAAGUCUGCGGAGUCCUCUGGGCAUGGAGAGACAAGCGCUCUGACUGAUACUCGGAUUGUGUCCUGCGCGUUCCUCUGUGUGAAUAAUGGAGAGUUGACGGCUCGAGACGAACCUGACUAACAGCAGUUUGACGGGAUAAAGAGGAUAAAGCUCUCUCUACAGAGCCAGGGCUUCUUAUUAUCUGUUACAAACUUACCUACUGCAGAUCAGCUGACGGGGAGAGGUGUCAUGGCUGCGUAUGGACAGACCCAGUACAGCCCCGCCCUCCAGCCUGCAGGGCCAUACACACCUUACACUCACCACACACAGGGCUACAGCAUGCCAUCUUACAACAUUAAAACAGAAGAUGGCCUGAGUCACUCUCCAGGACAGACGGGAAUCCUUGGCUACUCGAACUUUGGCAGCACACCUCCCAGUCAGAGUCUCUACAGCUACUCACACACACACGGUGGUGGUAUUUCAUCUGGAAUAUUUCAAGGCACCCACGCAAUCUCCAGUUCAACCCCGUUCAACUCUGCCCAACAAGAGUUUUCAGCGUACUCCAGCUACAGUCAGAGUCAGUACUCUCCGUAUUAUAACUCACAUCACUACAACAGCCCCUACCUAGCCGGCAGCAACAUCAGCCCUGCUGCCAUCACAGCUCCGUUAGCCUAUCAGCAUCCAGAACACCCCGUCAUGCUGCCCAAUCACAGCCCAGAGUCACACACAGGAGAGUACCACCCGCCGCCCAGCCCCCCAACACCAGGUAAAGAGGAGGGGGUCCCAGCACGACGGGGGUCAGAUGGGAAGCUUAGAGGGAGAAAAAGAGUCAGUGACCCCGCUCCACCUCUGGACUCUGAUAUAGAGCGUGUGUUUAUCUGGGACCUGGAUGAAACCAUCAUCAUUUUCCAUUCGCUCCUCACGGGAACCUUCUCCUCACGAUUUGGCAAGGACUCCUCAAAGGCGGUGUCUCUUGGUUUGUGGAUGGAGGAGAUGAUCUUUAACCUGGCCGACGCGAGGCUCUUCUUCAAUGACUUGGAGGAAUGUGACCAGGUUCAUAUUGAUGACGUGGCAUCAGACGACAACGGACAGGACCUGAGCACUUACAACUUUGGGUCGGACGGCUUCCAGAGCCCAGCGGGGGCUGGCUCUCUGUGCCUUGGGUCAGGGGUUCAUGGAGGCGUGGACUGGAUGAGGAAACUGGCUUUCAGAUACCGCAGAGUCAAGGAGAUCUACAACACAUAUAAGAAUAAUGUUGGGGGUUUGUUGGGCAGCCCCAAGCGAGAGGAGUGGUUACAGCUGAGGAGAGAGAUGGAGGUCCUGACUGACCUGUGGCUGACUCAAGCACUCAAAGCGCUGGCUCUCAUCAACUCGAGGCCUAACUGUGUGAAUGUGUUGGUAACCACCACUCAGCUCAUCCCAGCCCUGUCUAAGGUGUUACUAUACGGUCUGGGAUCCGCUUUCCCCAUAGAGAACAUUUACAGUGCCACCAAGACAGGCAAAGAGAGCUGUUUCGAGCGCGUCUCUCAGAGGUUCGGUCGGAGAGCAGUGUAUGUGGUGAUAGGAGACGGAGCCGAAGAAGAGUCCGUGGCCAAGAAGAAGAACAUGCCGUUCUGGAGGGUGUCCUGUCGGGCUGAUCUUGAGGCCCUGAGCCAUGCACUGGAGCUGGACUACCUCUAGAGGGCGCCAGCUGUCACACUUUUGCUCCACCAGCCCAACUCGCGAGAAGCUCCUGAGCUCCUGAGUGCAGCUAGAGACUGAUUCAGAGUCAGUGUUGCUGUUUCGAGGUUUGGCGCACGGCAUUUGAUCCCUAAUGAGCACCCAGGCAGACAAUUUCACUUUAAAGCCAAAGGAGCUAUGAGGAUUUCGAAGCGAGGCUGCAGUAUAUCCAUGACACAUAAACACAAAGCCAAAAGUGCUGGAUCAAAAUAAAAAGACCAAAGACACAUAAGGGACCAAAGCUUCAUGACUAACCCCAGGGAACUAUGGUUAAUACUGUAAAUACUUUUUUUCUAAUAAAAAAAACUUUGUCCUGUUUUUUUAAAUUCAGUUCAUCUCAACUUUAUGAAAGGUGUCCCACUUUAAUACACGAAAAAAAGUGAUGCACUGAUGCAAAAUUGUACAUCCUGUUUAUUGAACACAGUGUCUGCAUGGAUGAAAAGCUCAGAUUGUUCUGCUGUGUCUUUUUUUUUUUUUUUUUUUUUUUUUUACUUAUUGUGAGAUUAAAACCCCCUUUUUCAACUGGCCGAUACUUUUUUGAAUACAAAAUUAUGAUGUUACAUGGAAUAGAUUUUAAUUUAGAUAUUUUUUAUUCAUAUUUCAGUUAGAAAAAUGUCAGAUAAUAUUCUCCUCAUAGGUAGAGGCUAUUAAAAAUAGUCUGAUUUUAUUUUACCAUUAAAAUGUGAGCUAUUUAUUAUUGGUUAAAUUCACAGCACAUUGAGGUAUAGACAGUUUGGAAGCUCGACAUAAAAAUAUCCCCUUAAAAAUGCUUUUGUAAAAACGUUGUUGUCUUGAAGAUGCUGUAUCAUAGGUUGGUGCUUGAAUCCUUACUUUUGAUUCUGGGUUGUAUAUGUUGUCGUGUUUUAACUCUCUCUCUUUCUUGUCCUUGUUUUCCUAAUAACCUGUUUGUAAUAUAGAUGAACUGGUAUGGUUGUGCAUGUGCCGAUUACACUGCCUGUCAGCUUAGCUAUGAUUUGUAUAUAAUGCUUUAUUGUCGAUUUGUUUUGACAGACGGUUGAAAUAGAUUAAUAAAAAAUAAAUUAAUUGCA